AAAAUGCACGAACCGAGAAUUGUUUCAAGUAUUUGAUAAAUGAAUUAUUCAAUUUUACAAAUUAUAGUUUUGUUCUACUAAAAAGUAUUAUGGCUGGUUUAUCGGUUCUUGUUGCAUGGGCUAAUGAGCUGACCGAAAUUAGCGUCUUUCAAAUUAAAGAUUUUGAUCCAAAUUGGAUAAGUGGUGAUAAUUAUCCCAAUCAUCCAAUCAUCUAUACGACAAACGAUUUCAUCCAAGCACAAGGGAUAAUCAAAUUUAUAGGAACUUCUGAAGAAGUGAAAAGAAUUAAAGAAGAAAUCAUUUCCAAAAGGACUGUCUCUUUGGAAAGUAGGGAUAUUCAAGAACUAAAAGAGAUGAUAUUCAAAAUGCAAAAGCAAUUGGACGAACAGUCCAAUAAAAUAAACCAAUUAGAGCAAAAAUUGGAUUAUUUAACUCAAAGACCUUCUGCAGAUAAUAAUGUUAUAACAACCGGCAAAAACCGGAUGAAUGUUUUUAUAAAUGAUUUAUCAGCAGCUUUGAUACCAAACGAUGAAAUCAAAGGACUGUUUCGUCUUUGCAAAACAGUUCUUGGAGACGCAUUGAUUCCCGGAAUGACAUGGAGGGAACACUCCCAAGAGAUCAGAGAAAACAUUACUGAUCUUAUUUAUCUGUUUAUUGAUCAUAAAUAUCCAGAUAAUGAAGAAAAACGAAAAUUGUCUUUGAUAUUAAAACGAAAAGUUAUCAAAAAAUUAAAUAAUCAGAAAAAAAAGCAUCGAAUAGAAUCAAACAAUUAUGAUGCAUUACAAUGAAAAAAAAACAUGAUU